AACUCCGUAACGUUGAGCAGUGAGAACGGUCAGUGAUUUAGUGAUUUAUAGCGAUUGUGUUUCCCUUGGUGCAUUUGCAGUGAUUCGACGCUCCGAAGUACGCUGAAAUGGCGGAUGAAAACGAAAAUUCGUGCGACAAGUUCGAUGACGUGAAGCCGGACAAAAUGUUUACGCUGAAAAAGUGGAACGCGGUUGCGAUGUGGAGCUGGGAUGUGGAAUGUGAUACUUGCGCAAUUUGCCGCGUUCAGGUUAUGGAUGCGUGUCUACGGUGCCAGGCGGAAAGCAAAAAGGACACCCUUGGGCGACAGGACUGCGUGGUGGUGUGGGGCGAGUGCAACCACUCGUUCCACCACUGUUGCAUGUCACUGUGGAUCAAACAGAACAACCGGUGUCCACUGUGCCAGCAGGAAUGGUCCAUCCAGCGUAUGGGCAAAUGAAACGGUCUCCAUCGCAGCCACAUCCAUCGACAGCACCUCCGGGGGGGACAGAUCAACCAGCUUCGUACUAAUAAAAGAGCCACACCAACAAACAGACUGGUGAAACAGAUGCACCCAAUCGGAAUCUCGGGUCGUGCUGUUUUAUUAGAUUUUAACAAAUAAAUAAAUUUCCCAAACCCAAACAGCGCCAUUGAUUGCACCGAAACUGUGUCACUUUAAUCGCUAAUAAUUCUGUGGCGAGUUGGGCC